AUGGUGAAACCGACUCGACGAGGAACCACAAAAAAGGCUAUUUCUGCCGGAAUGGCAGUGAUUGAGGUACCAACCGAUGAAGUUGACAGUCGCGGACUGAGCGGCGCAGUCGUGCUCAACAGAACCGGGUCAGGUGGCCGUCUGCUUGCACAUAUUCACGUACAGAGACGCACAAACAGACUGCCAGACCAGUCGCCAAGACGACUGGCCUCAAAUACAGCCAAGCCGCCUGGCUGGAGGGCACGGCUGUAGUACACGAAGCAAACGACAUGGCGAACCUCGAAUGCCUCACCGUGGGCCGACCUGAUCUCCACCCAAUCAGCUGAAUCCGACAGUUUCUCAGACCGGUGUGAGCAGACUUGGCUGUCUCUCCUUCUCUCGCUGUCUUUCUCUCUCUCUCUCUAUUUUAAUUCUCUUCCUGUAUCUCUGCUCACUCCGUUGCUAGCACUGGCUCUUGUUAAACCAACGCCCAUUCUGGAUGUCUACCGGUACCAUAAACGGUGUCGCUAUGUGUGGACUCAUGGGCUAAGGCAGAUUCGGAUGGGUCGAGUAAGGAUACGCAUUUUCUGGACUGCUAAGGUGUAA